CUCUCUCUCUCUAUUCCCCUCUCUCUCCCUCUCUCUUUGCUUCCCUCUCUAUCUCUAUUUCUUAUCUUCUCUCUCUGGUUUGGGGCAGGAGCUGGAAAUGGCGGGGGGAAAGAGGGAUAGUCAGGAGGAGGAAGAGAGAGAGGAGUGUGGGUGGCUUGUGGCCACGGUGCUAGAAGGCAAUAAAAUAACUGUGAAGGAUAUGACCCAUGGGUAACAGGGCAAGGAAAGGUUUUAAUAACAGGAGAAGGAGCGAGCGAGAGGGAGAGAGAGAGAGAGAGAGAGAAGGGGGGAGAGAGAGAGGGAGAGAACCUGUUUACAGUAUACUGUAUGUCACGUCAUAUGAGAGUAUGAAAAAGAGGGUUUUAUAAUUGGCAUGUAGAAACUUCGUAUAUUAUGCGGUUCAAUUUUGAACUACUUUUGAAAGCCACCGGUUACAAAAAUGGAAGAAAAAGCCAAAUAAUAUUGCAAAUAACUAGUCUUAAUCAGCAUAGCUAAGUUUACAUGCAUCUAAGCUUUCUUGUGACUCCCCCACUCUCUCUCUCUCUCUCUCUCUCUCUCUCUCCGUCUUUUAUCACCCCUCUCUCUCUAUUCGCUUACAUUCUUACAGUUGUUGUUGAGCCUUGUCACUCUCUGGAGGGGGAUUCGAUAGCUCUGUUCUCUCUCUCCCCCUUAGGUCCGACCCUGUCCCAUCACCCACUAGGUCAGACCCUGUCCCAUCACCCACUAGGUCAGACCCUGUCCCAUCACCCACUAGGUCAGACCCUGUCCCAUCACCCACUAGGUCAGACCCUGUCCCAUCACCCACUAGGUCAGACCCUGUCCCAUCACCCACUAGGUCAGACGCUGUCCCAUCACCCACUAGGUCAGACCCUGUCCCAUCACCCACUAGGUCAGACCCUGUCCCAUCACCCACUAGGUCAGACCCUGUCCCAUCACCCACUAGGUCAGACCCUGUCCCAUCACCCACUAGGUCAGACCCUGUCCCAUCACCCACUAGGUCAGACGCUGUCCCAUCACCCACUAGGUCAGACCCUGUCUGUCCCAGUAUCCAUUAGGUCAGACCCUGUCCCAUCACCCACUAGGUCAGACCCUGUCCCAUCACCCACUAGGUCAGACCCUGUCCCAUCACCCACUAGGCCAGACCCUGUCCCAUCACCCACUAGGCCAGACCCUGUCCCAUCACCCACUAGGCCAGACCCUGUCCCAUCACCCACUAGGCCAGACCCUAUCCCAUCACCCACUAAGCCAGACCCUGUCCCAUCACCCACUAGGUCAGACCCUGUCCCAUCACCAACUAGAUCAGACCCUGUCUCAUCACCCAUUAGGUCAGACCCUGUCUCAUCACCCACUAGGUCAGACCCUGUCUCAUCACCCAAUAGGUCAGACCCUGUCUCAUCACCCACUAGGUCAGACCCUGUCUCAUCACCCACUAGGCCAGACCCUGUCCCAUCACCCACUAGGUCAGACCCUGUCCCAUCACCCACUAGGUCAGACCCUGUCCCAUCACCCACUAGGCCAGACCCUGUUUCAUCACCCACUAGACCAGACCCUGUCCCAUCACCCAUUAAGCCAGACCCUGUCCCAUCACCCACUAGAUCAGACCCUGUCCCAUCACCCAUUAAGCCAGACCCUGUCCCAUCACCCACUAGAUCAGACCCUGUCCAAUCUCCCAUUAAGCCAGACCAUGUCUCAUCACCCACUAGGCCAGACCAUGUCUCAUCACCCACUAGGUCAGACCAUGUCUCAUCACCCACUAGGCCAGACCCUGUCCCAUCACCCACUAGAUCAGACCCUGUCCCAUCACCCAUUAAGCCAGACCCUGUCCCAUCACCCACUAGAUCAGACCCUGUCCAAUCUCCCAUUAAGCCAGACCAUGUCUCAUCACCCACUAGGCCAGACCAUGUCUCAUCACCCACUAGGCCAGACCCUGUCCCAUCACCCACUAGGUCAGACCCUGUCCCAUCACCCAUUAAGCCAGACCCUGUCCCAUCACCCACUAGAUCAGACCCUGUCCCAUCACCCAUUAAGCCAGACCAUGUCUCAUCACCCAUUAGGUCAGACCCUGUCUCAUCACCCACUAGGUCAGACCCUGUCUUAUCACCCACUAGGUCAGACCCUGUCCCAUCACCCACUAGGUCAGACCCUGUCCCAUCACCCACUAGGUCAGACCCUGUCCCAUCACCCACUAGGUCAGACCCUGUCCCAUCACCCACUAGGUCAGACCCUGUCCCAUCACCCACUAGGCCAGACCCUGUCCCAUCACCCACUAGGUCAGACCCUGUCUCAUCACCCAUUAAGCCAGACCCUGUCCCAUCACCCACUAGAUCAGACCCUGUCCGAUCACCCAUUAAGCCAGACCCUGUCCCAUCACCUACUAGGCCAGACCCUGUCCCAUCACCCACUAGGUCAGACACUGUCCCAUCCCCCACUAGAUCAGACCCUGUCCCAUCACCCACUGGGCCAGACCCUGUCUCAUCACCCACUAGAUCAGACCCUGUCU